UCAUGUAUCAUUUGUGUCCUAUCGUUUCGGGAAGAAAUUCUACCAUGCCGGGUGCGAUCCUGUCGAAUUCCCUUGUGCUAUUCCUAUUCUACUCGUUUUGUUCACGAUGGCCAUCCGACUUAACACCACAAAUAAGAAAUGAGGUUAAUUUUCCAUUGUUGGUUGGUCAGUUGCACAGACGUCAGUUGUCAGUUGUGACCACACAGCCGUCGCACAACCACAGAAUCAGAGUGUAACCUGUAACGUUCUAAGUUCUAAUCUAACCUAACACUUUGCAAAAACAGAAGUGUAAUUUUGAUAGAAAUGCGUCGACGAUAUUACUGUGACUAUUGUGAGAAAUCUUUUAUCGAUGAUUUAGACGCCCGAAGGAAACAUUUGCAGAGUUCAUAUCAUAUAAAAUUAAGAAAUUUACAUUACGAACAUCAUCGAGAUUUUAGAACAAUAUUGAAAGAAGAAUGCGAAAAAACUCCUUGUAGAAGAUUCCUAAGUAACGGUGUUUGUCAAUUUUCUGGAAUGUGUAAAUAUACGCAUUAUACUCCAGAACAAUUAUGGGAAAUAAAAUUACAAGUGGACAGUCAAGAACAAGGAAAAAAAAUUCGAAUCCCAACCAUAGAGUCAUGGUUACAAACAUAUUAUGAAAAACAUAGUAAAGAGAAUUUAGAUAUGAUACAUAUUCCAUGGUCAUAUCCAGAACAACUUGAACAGAGGUCAGACUUACCGCCAUCGAUAAGAAAAAUUAAACCGGAACAGUUUGUAAAUUCUAACUUUGAAGAGUGGGGAAAAUAAAUGAAGUUCCAGUUACCAAAGUUUAUAAGAGAUGAUUAAUUGAUGGCUCUGUUAUUAUCCCGUGGAUAAUAAAUAAAGUUAAAAUUAGUGUAUGCUACCGGAAUAAAAUAAUAAAUUUAUUUUCAAGUAUUGUGAACACUUGUUAGAAUUUCAUUAUUAAAACUACUAUUGUUAAAGAAUUCGGUUAGUUUUCCGCUGUAAUAUUAAUUUCGUCUGUUGAGUAAAGGGUUAAGUAAACGGAA